AUGGAACGAGCAAAACCCCAGGCGUUCCAGUCGAGCUACGCGCCACGCCUGCGCGCCUAUAACAACUCGCUCCUCACACCCGUGCUGCCCAGCGCGCCCACCGUCAACCCCCUUUCCCGCAUGACCAAGCGCGGCACCACGAUAAUCAACUAUGCCGAGGACGGCUACGACGAUAUCGAGGAGGAUAGUGAUGAUCCCCGACGCCGACCGACCGGCCUGCGUAGCCUGCGCGCGCAGGACUCAUCUAAGAACCUGGACUGGUCCGGCAAGACGGGAAAGGAAACCUUUCAACCCGUCCACCUCCAGCCCAUCUGGCGCGACUGGAUGGGCAAGACGAGAUCGAUUCGCAGCGACCAGCAGAAUGCGGCCCAGUCCAGCCUACCGCUCACCAUGAUCCCGAUCCGAAUUGACCUCGACGUCCCCUCCUUUGUGCCCCAUCCACCCUUUCCCCCACCCAACACAUCUGGCGUCGACCUCUCGCUGCCGCAGUACCGCCAGCAGGAGAUGACGGUGCCCUACAAGCUGCGCGACAUCUUUUGCUGGAAUUUGCACGAGACUCUCAUUACCACGGAUCAGUUUGCGCAGACGUUGGCCCAGGACCUGGACCUUCCCAACCGGCAACACAUUGCGGCCGACAUUAGCAGACAGAUUCGCACACAGCUCGAAGAGUAUGCCGGUGUCGCGCUGCAUCCGCUCUUCCACUCUGAUCAGCCUGUCGCGCCGCCGCAGCCCACGCAUCCAGUCACAAACGGAACCACGACAAGGGAUCGACCCUUGACCCGCGACAUUUCGCCGUACUCCGCGGCACGCUAUCUGUCAAGAGCAGACACGCCGGCCCAGGCGCCAGCUGCCACGCCAGCAACACCUAUUCCAGGACAGGCUCCCGGCGUACCUGCUGUUACAGCCUCAGCCACCGCCAUUCUCCCCGACUCGGACGACUUUAACCCCGAUGACACCUACCGAUGCAUCAUCAACCUAAAUCUCAACAUGUCCUCGAUGCUGUACACGGACAAGUUUGAGUGGUCGCUGCUCCACCCACCUGGCACUGCCGAGGCCUUUGCCAAGACGACGUGUGCCGACCUGGGCCUGAACGGCGAGUGGGUGCCGGCCAUGACGCACGCCAUCUACGAGGCCGUGCUGCGGCUGAAAAAGGAGGCGUGCGAGGCCGGCGGGCUCGUCGCCGGCUGGGGCGGCCUUCAGCAGGAGCUGCCCAACGACGCUGCGCUCGGCACCGAGGCCGGCUGGCGCUACGACCCGGAUCACCUGGCCGAAGCCUGGGAGCCCAAGAUUGAGAUUCUCAGCAAGGAGGAGAUGGAGAAGCGUGAGGGCGACCGCGAGCGCCAGGUGCGACGCCUACGUCGCGAGACUGCCCGCUUCAGCUCCACGACGGGCAUGCUCACCGGGUCGACGCCGCUCUUUGGCGCGGCGGGCGCGGCGCCCACACCCGGCGGCGUGCUGCCACCUACCACACCAUUUGAACCCGAGGAGGAGCGUAUGGGUCGCGGCGAGCGAUCCAAGAAGAAGCGCCGCUUCCGCAGUCUAAGUCCCCUCGGCCGCGGCGGUACACCCGGUGGUCGCGGUACGCCCGACGCAGGCGGCUAUGGCGGGGGCGGCGCCCUCACGGACCUGGAGCGCUCCAACUGGCGGUGUCUGCACUGCCGUAUCUGGGGGUCCUGCGUGUGGGCUGUCCGCGAUGGUCCGGCAGGUCCUAGAACGCUCUGCGCCAACUGCGGCCUCUUGUACGAGCGCGAUCGCAAACUCCCUCGGCAGACCAAGAAUUUACAUCUACAAGAUGUACGUGCCAGUUGA